AUUCAUCUCUUAUCUUUGUUUAGUGUUGAGUUGUCCCGUCUAUUUCAAUUCGUGUUGCAAUUAAAUAAAAUUAAGUGAAAUUUAUUGGAAAUCCAAUUGUUAUUUAAAAAAAUUUCAAAGUGGAUUUGGAGGUAGAAGAAGCCAAAAUGAUGGAGGAAAUGAUGGAGACGAUUGUGCCUCAGGAAGAUUUUGAUCGUAAUGAACAAAAAUACCUUCGAGAAUUGGAAUUGGAUGGACGUGCAAGUGUAGAAGCAAAAUUUGGAUAUGCACUUUGUUUGGUCAGAUGUGCACACAAGCAAGACAUCGCUAAGGGUAUAGAAUUGUUGGAAGAAUUAAUGGAACAUCACUCUGAAGGAAGGCGUGAUUAUCUUUAUUAUUUGGCUUUGGGAGAGGCACGUAUGAAAAAUUACGAUCGUGCACUUCAAUAUUGUAAAGCUUUUUUGGAAAUAGAGGAAAAUCCUCAAGUUCGCUCAUUAGAGGAGUGCAUUCAAAAGCGCUACGACAAAGAUUUGAAGAAAGGCAUGGCUGUAGCCGGAGGAGCAGUACUUGUGUUAGGCGGUAUUUUGGGUCUAGGCAUAGCGCUUGCCAAAAAGUAAUGCUUAUAAAAACAAUAAAAACAGACGUGAUAAAUAAAUAACUAGCGUGCGGGAUAUACCAGCCAUCUGAAAAAAGUAUAUGAGGCCAAAUCUUGUUGAAAUGUGUAAUGAAAUGGUUAGAUGUGGAUUUAAUUCUGGAUCAGAUUUUUAAUAUGUAUAUCGUAGUUUAUCAAAGGGUUCUACACAACACGUUAUCGAGAGCAAUACGCACAAAUCAAUAUUCUGUAUAUGAGUUUUCAACAAAGAUGCUUGUGUUAAUCACAACUAUUCAGAUUUCUAUUAUAUCGAUUGUCUUCGUCACAUCAACAAAUAAUUUCAUUUAAUGUUACAGUUUUAAAAUUAGAUUUUAGAAAAUAAAAUUUUAUUCUACAAUUGGA